AAUAUCUAGUCAUUGGCUAAUCUGAACAGCCAAUUUCACGUUGCACGAAAAAAUCUUCAAGAAUCUAAUUUCCUAUCACGAAUAUUUAUAAAUAAUUAUAUUUAUCGUGACAAUUGAAACGAAAGAAAUUUAAAUCCGGGACAUUUAUGUAGACAAUAUAAAAAGGUUACCAAAAAAUGACGAAUUAUUAAAGAAAUUGUUGGUGCUUGGCAAACCAGGACAGAAAAUCUGCGACUCAUCGCGAAUAUGUUCACACCACUUUGAGGAAGAUGGAGGUACAGCAUAAUCAGAGGUAAAUAAUUUUUAAAACAAGAUGCGAUGCUAUCUCUUCAUCUGAACGAGGAGAGCAAGGAUGAUCAGAUCCCUGACGAUAGAAACAUGGUGGAAACUAUGGAAAACGAAUCGUUAAAUAUCACAGUAUCACAAGUAGGCGCUGGAAAAGACAGUCAGAUGUCUUGUAUCACUGGAACGAAAGUACAAGAUACUGCUGAAGAUACCUGCAAUAGUACUGAAUUUGUUCCUCAUCAUGAAUGCCUUGAUGAAACACAAGUGCCUGAAAGACUAUCAACUUCAUUAGGCUCUUCUUCGAAUGAACCGAAGAAAAGCAAGAGACAUCUUUAUGACGUCCGAUGGGAGGAAAUCUCUACCUCUCCAGUGCAAGCUAAAAUUUAUUGGGAAGUAGCAAUUAAGAAAAUUACACGACAAAAGGUAAUUUUGAGAACUUUACGACAAAAAGUCAAAAGGUUAAAAAAGACAAUUUUAGAAUUAAGGACCCGCGUAAAACACGUAGCGAAUAGCGAUUCCUAGUAAUUAUAAUAUUGUGUAAUUCGUAAGAGUAUGUCAAUAUUGUCUGGACAAAUAUAUACAUCAUAUAUAUAAGCUGUAUAUAAUUUGUAUACAUAUAUAGAUUGCACAUGUGGUACAAGUAAACUGCUUUUUUCUUA